GUCAAUAGCGCGCCCUCUGCAUUAGGCCUAAAAGGGUUAAUAAAAGGCCAAAAUUUAUUAUUAAAUUUCUGAUUGGUUUAUGGAAUCUAAUUAACACUAGUUUCAUUCUGAGAUAAAAGUAUUCAGGUGUCUAAGUAGUUUUUUUCAAUUUUUAAACUAUAAUAAAGCUACUACGGGUUACAACAAGAGGAAAAUAUGUGAUAAAUGCAAUCACAAUAGCGUUGUAAACAUUUGGUUCUUUAUUUGGAUAUGACAAGUAGCGACGAUACAGAUGACGAAAUAGCAUAUAGGUACAGAAUGGAACUAGAAACGAAGAAAAAAGAGGCAAAAAAUUUAAUAAAAGAUAAUAAUAAAGUAAGGGAAUUUUUUUACUGUUUUAACAUGCUUCUUAACAAUAGAAAGAAAUGAUUGUCCUGAAAUAUAGUCUAAGCUUGAAAUCUGAGAGAAAAAUUUAGGAUCUUUCUUAUUUAUUUCAAUGCAUAAGUCAAUUUCAAUGAGAGAAAGAGAGAAAGAGAAAUUGAAAAUAAGUGAUAAAAAUAUUUAAUCUAAUUAACUUAACAUUCUUAAUAGGAUUCUAAAGGACUAUUCAAAGGUUUUCCAAAGUCUAUACUCUAUAUUUGCGGAAAUGAAUUCUGUGAAAGAUUUUCUUAUUAUGGAUUAAGAGGUAGUGUUCUUAAGAAUAUAAAGAUCUUCCUUUCUAAUGGAGGAUAAACCUUAAAAUUUUCCUAAUUUUUUUUUAUUAUAAAUAAUAAAUAUAGCUAUUUUGGUAAUCUACUUGAAAAAUUUUUUACACCUAACUGAGAAUAGUGCAACUGCAAUAUAUCAUACAUUCGUCAUGGUUUGUUACUUUUCUCCCCUCUUUGGUGCCAUGCUAGCUGAUGGAUGGUUAGGAAAAUAUAGAACUAUAUUAUAUAUGUCACUUUUCUAUGGAAUUGGAAAUGCUGUUCUUGCCCUUACAGCUAUUCCUCCCUCAGAAAUUCCUGGUCCGAUAGUGGCAUUAUUAAUUAUCGGUGUAGGAACGGGAGCCAACGUUUCGUGUUUUGGUAAAGACUGUUACCUUUUGGCUUUCGGUUUGCCCGCAAUUCUAAUGUUUUUAUCAAUAAUACUGUUUUUUGCUGGGGGUAAUUAUUAUAAAAAAUUCCCACCAUCUGGAAAUGUUAUUGGCCAAUUAAUAAGUAUAAGUUGGAGGGGCUUUCGUAAUCGAAUUCGAGGGAAACAGGAAGGAAAGAAGCAUUGGUUAGACUAUGCCGAAGACAAAUACGAGCCAGAGCUAAUUUCCGAUGUUAAAGCUGUGUUGAGAGUGGGAUUUUUAUUUCUACCCUUACCCAUUUUCUGGGCUCUAUACGAUCAACAAGGAUCGCGAUGGACAUUCCAGGCGGCCAGAAUGAAUUUAAGCUUAGGUCCUUUAGGCAAUUUAAAACCUGAUCAAAUCCAAGCAAUCAAUGCGUCGUUAAUACUAAUGUUUAUUCCAUUUUUUGAUUUGGUUAUAUAUCCAUUGCUGGAUAAAUUAAAGAUUCCAAAUAGACCUCUUCAAAGAAUGUGCAGCGGUAUGUUGUUGGCCGCUGUAGCCUUUUUCGCAGCUGGAUUCCUGGAGAUCCACUUACAGAAAUCAUUACCGCCAAAGAUUCCAAACAACCAAACAAAUGUCAGAUUUAUCAAUACAGCACCCUGCUCAAUUUCAAUAAACGGGAUUUCUAGUGAACCUUUCAAUAUGACUGGAGGAAUCAAUAAUGUAAGCUUCUUAGCAAAAAAGAUGCUAAGAGACGCCUUCCUACCAGCUGGGAAUUAUUCAAUGAUUAUCGAAGCGGCUCCAGCAUGUAAAGCUGCGGAAUCCCGAUUUUCAAGUAUGUUUGAGGGAGGCGAAAGAUAUUAUGUUAUUAUUGGAAAAAACGAUUCUCAAUCAUUAGCAAAAUCGUUUCUUCAAUCAAAAGAAAAACCAAAAGACGGAGGUGCUGUUGUAAAGAUAAUCGUGUUUGAUUUUAAAGUUAAUCCCGAAACGGAGGUAAUAUUAGAAAAAAACUCCCAAAUGGAUCAGUUUAACGUGACUGCUUUUGAGCCUUCACCCAAUAGGGAAAUCCAGCCCGGAGAGCAUAAAAUAAGAAUUUAUGGUCUAGACAACGAGACAAUUAUUAUUCCAGAAAGUAUAAACCUUCGAAAUGGGGGUGCUUACACAAUUCUACUAUUUAGAAGUAUGCUGAAUGAAUCAGAUAACAAGAUGAUAGCUGAAGUUCACACUGACUUGGAGCCAAAUGAGUUAUCAAUUGGGUGGCAAGUACCACAAUACGUUAUCAUAACUGCGGCUGAAAUAUUAUUCUCUAUUACGGGAUUAUCUUUCGCCUAUUCUCAAGCGCCAUCUAGCAUGAAAUCAGUCGUUCAAGCUCUCUGGCUGUCCGCAACUGCAUUUGGAAACUUGAUUGUAACCAUUGUAGCCGAAGGAAAAUUUUUUGAGAAUCAAGCUGUUGAAUUUUUCUUUUUUGCCUUUGUGAUGAUUUUUGUAACCUUAUUAUUUGGUACACUUGCAUAUUUUUACAAAUAUGUGUCUUACGAUCAAAUUGAAAGUGAACGUCAUGAACUUUUGGAUUCAACGAAAGGCGAUUAA